GCUCUGUUUACGCAAGUCAUUAUCUUAUCUCAAUAUUCAUGAAAACACAACUAUUACGAAACCGUUUGUAUGUGUCAGCGAAAAAGAAGUGGUUUGAUAAGAAAUUGUCUCGAUUGUAUGCUAUCGCCAAGUUAUGUACACCCUGUUGCUGCGGUCGACCUUGCCUGUCCAUAAAACGCCCCAGCAUAUAACCUCGUGGAUCAAUCGGGAAUUUUCAUUAUCGGCCGCUCGCAAUGGGAAAAGGCUUGAGAAGAUCCUCAUCGCAAAUCGCGGUGAAAUCGCUUGCCGAAUUGCAAGAACCGCCCGUAAGCUUGGGGUAAAAACGGUGGCGGUGUACAGCGACGCGGACCGGGAGGCGAUGCACGUCCGUUUGGCUGACGAGGCCUACGACAUUGGACCCGCGGCGUCGACCGAAAGUUACCUGAAGCAGCAUAGUAUAAUUGAGGUUGCCAAGAAGUCCAAGUCCCAGGCGAUACACCCUGGCUAUGGAUUUUUGUCUGAGAACACUGAGUUCGCCGAGCUCUGUCAGAGAGAGGGGAUCACCUUCAUCGGGCCCCCGGCGAGCGCGAUCAGGGAUAUGGGGAUAAAGAGCACCUCCAAGGCGAUUAUGGCCGCGGCCGGCGUACCCGUAGUUCCAGGUUAUCACGGAGAGGAUCAAUCCAACGACAGGUUGAUAGCGGAAGCAAAACUCGUCGGUUUUCCGCUGAUGAUUAAGGCGGUCCGAGGAGGCGGAGGCAAGGGAAUGCGUAUAGCUUUGGAAGAGGCGGAUUUCUUCGCGGCGUUGGAGGCGGCUCGAACCGAAUCCGCAAAAUCGUUCGGCGACUCGGCUGUGUUGCUAGAGAAAUACGUUUCCGAACCCAGGCACGUUGAAGUUCAGGUAUUCGCCGAUCAGCACGGGAACGCUGUUCACCUGUUCGAAAGAGAUUGUUCUGUUCAAAGGAGACACCAAAAAAUUAUCGAGGAGGCCCCCGCGCCGGGAAUUUCGCCCGAAUUGCGGUCGGAGCUGGGCGCAGCCGCCGUCCGGGCGGCAAAGGCCGUUAAAUACGUUGGGGCCGGGACUGUGGAAUUUAUUCUCGAUCGUUACACUCACAGUUUUCAUUUCAUGGAAAUGAACACGCGGCUCCAGGUUGAGCAUCCCGUCACCGAGGCAAUUACCGGCACCGAUCUCGUCGAGUGGCAGCUGACUGUAGCUGCCGGAGAGAAGUUGCCGCUUACCCAGGAAGAGAUAAAUCUGGCAGGACACGCUUUCGAGGCGAGAAUAUACGCCGAGGAUCCGAGCAACGGGUUCCUACCUGGUGCCGGCCCCUUGUUACACCUAACAACCCCGGAGACGUCGGCUGACGUCCGAGUCGAGACGGGGGUGACGCAGGGUGAUCAGGUUUCCGUGCACUACGAUCCGAUGAUAGCGAAGCUGGUCGUUUGGGGAAAGGAUAGGAGCGAGGCGAUCGGGAAACUCGGAGCGAAACUCGCGGAAUACAAUAUCGUAGGAGUGGAAACAAACGUGCAAUUCAUCAUGGAUCUCGCUAGCCAUCCGAAAUUCGUCAGCGGCGACGUCCACACCGGUUUCAUAGAGGAGAACCACGCAUCUCUUUUUCCGAAAGUCGAAAUCACCAACGAGAUACUGACUCAAGGAGCACUAGCUCUGAUCUUAGAUGAGAGUUUGCCCUCCCUGAACGACGUUAGCUUCGCCCCGUUCGCAACAAACGUCGGCCUCAGACUGAACCACACGCUUGAGCGUAGAUUUCAAUUUCUCUUCAAAGAUAAGGACUUCGUGGUUGACGCAAGGUACAUUCAACCAGGUGUAUUUUCCAUGAGAACGAACGACACCGGCCCCUGGAGACACGUGAGCGGUUCGCUGAUAAAAAGGAACAAUGUUCUCGAAUUAAUGUCGGAAAUCGAUGGCGUAAAGACCCGCGCCAGGAUCGUUAACAACAAUGGAGAGCUGUAUUUAUUUACGAAUGAGCGCAAGUGGCAGCUGACGAUACCGCCACCAAAGUUCGUCACCGCUGUGUCGUCGAUCAAUGGUCAACAGGGAGCGAUCGGUUCUGCGAUGAGCCCGAUGCCCGGUGUCGUCGACAAGAUUCUCGUUCAGCGAGGCGACAUUGUUAAAAAGGGCGAUCCUCUCCUGGUGAUCGUUGCCAUGAAAAUGGAGCACGCGAUCAAGGCUUCCUGCGACGGGCUUGUCGAAGAGGUCCUUUGCACUGCUGGCGAGAGUGUUGCCAAGAACAAACUUCUCGUCAGAAUGAAGGAAAUCGAAUCAGCCUAACGGCUGUUGCUGCACGGUGCGCAGUUUUAUGGUACUUGAUACGAUUGGAUCUGUCAAAUCUUCAUUUUUUACCUGAUUUUUCAUUUUUUAUAAUACCCAUAAGACCAGUACCCUGGAUUUGUUGAAGGUUGUUUACAAAAUUUUAUAUUUUUAACGAAUAAAUGUACAUAAUACUCCUUAUACGCAAAGAA